GUUUAAGACUGAAAGCAAGUAACUUGAAUGUUUAACGCGAGGCGAGGGCGGUGCAGUUUUUCAUCGCUGCUAGCUGCGAAGCACAUAUCAGUAAUGUGGUGCAUUUUAUGUUUUUUUUUCGAUGUAAAUAUGUGAAUACAAACCGUGUUGUAUUAACAAGUCAAGGUGCACAGAAUAUGGGCCUAAACGCAGCUGUACAAGCUUUAAAGAAAGCCGAGCCAUUAAAGGAUAAAGUUCAACGCUGUAAAGACCUUUUGAAUGAUAGCGAUGCAUGGGUAUGUCAACAACAGCUACAGAAGAUAUAUCAACAAGUUCUUAUAUUGGAUCUGGAAUAUGCAUUGGAUAGAAAGGUCGAACAGGAACUUUGGAACCUUGGAUUUAAGAAUUACAUAGCAACUUUGCAGUCGCAAGCUAAGGAUAGGAAAAAUCCAAAACGUGGAGAAUCGCAGGCUUUGCUUAGUUGGUGCUUAGAGGCAGCAAGCGGAUUCUAUUUAACGUUGCUGCAGGAAAUUUGUACCGCGUUCGAUCUAGAUUUACCGUUCAGGAGGAAAGGCUACAUUUACGGAUGUACGUCACCGUGGAAAGCUGUUGAAAAAUUAUCAGUGCCUCAUAAAUCGUCGUGUUUUUACGCGUGCCAAUAUUGCCUUGUGCAUUUAGGGGAUAUUGCUCGUUAUAGAAACGAGAGUAAACAAGCAGAGCUGUUCUACAGGCACGCGGUAUCGUUAUCACCGUCCAGUGGACAACCGUACAAUCAAUUAGCCCUUCUCGAAGCAUCGCGCGGCAACAAAUUGGGAACCGUGUUUCAUUAUACACGAUCCGUCGCCGUGAAACAUCCUUUCCCUGUGGCUACAACAAACUUGGCGAAAACGUUAUCUUCCGCCUUGAACGACACCUCAUUAAAUAUCGAGGGGAAAACUAAAUUAACUUCUCAGGAGUACAUAGCAGUCUUUUUGAAGCUUCACGGUGUUAUUCACAAUCUCGGGGACUCGAAGGUUGCAUUUACGUACGCAAAAUUAUUGACGGAGACAUUGACAGCUUUGGUCGCGACGGAAAGUUUCAGCUCUUGGAUGCUCGUACAAAUGUUCGUAAUUAAUUUGUACGCCUUGGAACAUACGACGAGUGUCGUCGUUGGUAGUACCGAAUCGUUGAAAAAUGAACAAUUUACGUUCGAUGAAAAAAUAGCGCGAGAUUGCAUUUUGGAUCUCAUAGCGGGCAGUUUAUCCGCUCUAUUACUACCUGUCUAUACCAUAAAGAAUUCUAUCGUCGAGUACUUCGCUUUGCCUUCUAUAAAACUGUGCCUUGAUUGGAUCCAUACGAAGCCCACAGUUUUGGAGGAAGUAGCGUUUACGUCGAGACUUCAAAUCUGGCCUAGCCUUUGCGUGUUGUUAAACGCUUUGCAGAAUUGUGUGGUCGAUUUCCCUUACGAUCAGUACGUUAAAGUACCACUGCCAGAGGAUCGUGAUUUACAAGGUUUCUUACCAUUAGAGAAGAGUUUCGAGUGUUUGAAAUUUACAAGUACCGAUCUAGAGGGUGAUACCGAAGCUUACAAUAAACUACGGGCUGUUCGUAUUCUUCGUCUAGGUCAUUGUUUAGCCCAAUAUAGAAUCAAUGGUUCGCCGUUAAUCGCUGUUACGUUAGGAGAAGAAAAAGGCGAUAACAGAUUCAGCUCUAUGAACGAAGGAAGCGGACCGAGCAACGAAUUGAUGAAGGAACUGGAAGAACUCAGUCUAAACAAAGAAAGACAGUCAACGGUAUCGGCUAGUCCGGUGUUUUCGGAGUCUGCUAGCAGCAAAGGUUCUACGGACGUCGACAUGUUGGAAAAUACGUUGGAUAAAAGAAUAGGUAUAUUGAAGCCUCAAGGUUCGUUGGAGCGCAGCAAGGAUUCUAAUACGGAAUGUAACAAUUUUGAAAGCAGCAGCGCGCUACCUGUAACCAGAAAACCAAGGCAGAAUAUCGCGAUGCAAGCUAUUAUGCGACGCGCCGAAACUGAACAAAAACAAGUUACAUUUAAAAAUGUGUCUCCGUUAAUCGUGGAAGAAGAAAACGAGAAAAAGGCUAAGGCGAGCGUGACGUCGCCGGUAAAGAGUGUGCCUGCCGGAAAUAAAAAUAUGUUGUCAGCUAUCGGAGAAGCAGGAUCGAAACCGAGCAAUGUUCCUAACGCGUCCGCGAGUACAUUGGUCACCGUUCAGAAUCGGUUACCUUUAAUGCCUUUCGCCCCGACUACCGUACAAAGUCAGAUCGCUUCUACUCAAAACCAAACCAAAGCAGCCAAGUUACAGCACGUUGUCUCGCAACCAUCGCAAAUCAACCAUCUCGCCGCAAAGGAACAGCAAACUUCUGCGAUGUUAGCUCCGAUAUCGAGUAUAUCUCAAUGCGUGGGAACCAUUUGUUACCAAAGUCCAACGUUCAAUGUACAAAAUCCGCAGUUUACGAAAAAUUAUAUGACUAACCACGUAGGAAAUAUGCCGAGCUAUCCGAUUCAGGGACAUUUUAGCAAUUCGGUGCAACAACCAAUCUCGCAAAAUCUAACUUUACAACACACGUCCAAUCAAAACAGACCUUUGCAUCAGAGAAUGCAGAUCCACGGUAUGCCACAGAAUUCUUUGUUGCAUCAAAACGUUGGACUUUCUUCCUCGCCGUCUACCCAGCAGAAUGUUUUGCCAAAUGUCUCGCAGAAUAUUACCUCUCAGCAUUCUCAGGCUGGAAAUCUUGGUAUGCAACAAGGUAUGGGCAUGCAACAACAAUGUCACAACUUGGACAUUCAACAGAAUCACAACUUGACCGUGCAACCGCAAACUCUUGCAAAGACCAAUCUUAGACCGAGCACGAUACCCUUACAUAAUCAAGUUGGUAGUCUAACUAGUUCAGCGAUCGCGAACGCGAACGCUUCUACUUUGUCGACGUUGAAUACAUAUCAAAAGAAGCUUCAUCAAGCCGCGUCUAUGGUGGUCCCGAAUAUGCCGAAUAUGACGAACGUACCGGGUAAUACGUUAAGCCCGACGACUACGUCAAGCUUCCAGUUUAAUUUUAACCAAAAUGACUUUAAUCAAAACGCUUUCGGUCAUAUAUCUCCGAAACAGUUACCGUCAUCCGUGUACAACAAAAGCUCGGACAUGUUGGAAUUUUCGUUCGGCAAUCAGGUGGGCGUAUCGAAGAGUCCGUCGCAAUCAGCGGAUAAUUAUCCGCUUUUCCAUAAUUACGAGACUACGAAUUUCAAUUUGUGGAAAGACACGCGACAAUCGCAGCUUUCGGUACCUUGCUGGGGCACGACCGCGGGAGAUACGCAAUUGCACGGUAAAGAUACGUCCAUCGUCGAGAACUAUCACAAUUGGGAGGACACCGGCAAUCCUGGAAAUAUGAUCUCGCAAGUUCCACUGAGAACUUCUAAUUACCAAUCGGAUUCGCAACAUACCAAACAACACUUUACGGCUGGAAACAAUUACGACCAUUCCGGAUCUCUAGAAGUAGACUUGAAAUCGACUCAACCGAUCAGUACGGGGAACACCUAUUCAUUGUUCAGCAGUAACAACACUUGGGGAUCUAGUUCGCAAGCUUGUAACUUGUCCAGUCAAGAUCAAGCAAAAAUUCGACUGAGUCAGCAGUCUUUAUGGUCCGGACCUGGUCCAUCUCCUUUGGAACGACUUCUGGAACAGCAAAAAUCGUUACGCGAAGGAGGUACCUGAAGGAAAGCAAUAUAGAUUGUGUCGAAGUAUAUUGGAAAGGGAUCUAUCCAAUUUGUGGAUUCAGCUAACCAAGGGGAUCUAGCAAAACAUACCACAAUAAAUAUCAUCGAUUGUUCGACGAAAAUGUUAAAUUUGUUACAAACCAACAGUUAGCGAGAGGUUUUGUAGCCGCUUAGAAAUUCGUUUAAGUAAAACGAAUUAAUACAUACGUCCAAAGCGUUAUGAAAUACGCUCUAGAAAUACAUAGGUAUUACUUACUUACUUAUGCUAAUUAUUACGCGCACGGUAGAAAAUAAAGUUAUUCUAAUAGCGCGUGUUGGCACACGAUCGAGUUUUUCAAAAUAGCCCUUUUAAUUAAAUCUAUUAAAGCGUGACUAAUUGAAAAUUUAGUUCGGAUCACGUAGUAGAAGAAACGAAGAUUCAAUGAUAAAAUAAGUCCUCGCCAAGAAACAAGUAGUAUAGAGAGACGCAUAUACAGAUCAUAUCGCUAGAGCUAGUAGCGUGUGUAAUCUGUAGUGUGUAAGUUUAUAUCGUGAAAGGUAUACAUAUUCCGGUCGGUUGGUUUGGUACACAUUUGAUACUUUGAUUCUAUGAAUAAAAUCGCAAAGAGAGCACCUUUCUUUUCUUUUCAUUUUCGAUACAAACAUAUAUGUUUGGAAACGUACACGUGCAUUCUAUUUUUACAUGUGUUUGAUACAAUUGUAAUCGUUAGUAUACAUUUUGUAUCGUAUUAAUCAUCUUUAACGCUGUUGCGUAUGUCUGUUUUCAACCACUGGAUUUAACAGCAUUGUUGUCUUUUAGUUUAUUUCGUAACAAUUAUGUACGACUUUGCUUAUAAAUCAUGCAAUACAAAAAAGAAACAACAACACAUAAAAUGUACGAAAUAAAUAUGCGAAAUAUCCACGUUUUGCGUCUAAAAAAGGGAGAGGGGUAGAACAGUUUCGAAGAAGACCGAUGCGUUAACAAACACUUGGAUUUACAUCGAACGAAGCGAAUGAAGUAAUAAUGUUUAAUAUCGGAAAGCUGAGAAAGAAUUCAAUGUAACAAGUUCCUGUUCUCAUGAACAGGACGUUUAUCUUAAAUGAUUAAAAUUAAAAAUUGCGUUCAAUCAUUUGCAAAUACACGAUGUUAAAAGU